AUGAGUUUUGAUAAAAAUUUUUAUCGUACAAGUCCUGGAUCAUUUUCUUUGCCAAUAAUCGCUUCAGAAUUCCUAGAUCUUGCUAUUCAACAAAAAAAAAUUUUGAAACAUUUUCUAGAUAAUGGAGAAAAUAUAAAACCAAAGGAUUUAAUUUCUAAGAAAUUUAAAAAAAAAUUACAUAUAUCAAAAACUAAACCAAUUACAGAAGAUAUUUUAGUAAAUAAUUUAAUUGAUAAAGAAUAUAUUCCUGAGAAACAAGAACAUCCAAGAUCUUCAGUAAUGGAUUUAACACAUUUACCAAUACAAUCAUCUACUGGUGAAUCAGAUUUUGAAGCACAUAAAGCAAAAAGAAUAAGAAAUAACAAGAGAUUUGCUUUAAAAGGUUUAGAUGAUGUUACUUUAGAGUUUCAUCGUGAUAACACUGAUGAUGAUUUACCUUCAGUAAGAAAAAGAAAAGAAUCUAAAAUAAUUAGUUCUGAAAUUGAACUUGAGAUGAAUGAACGAUAUCUUAAAAGUUUUUUGAGAUGGAAAGAAAAAUGGUGUAUUAAUAUUUUACUAUGUCAAGAAUUAACGUAUCAAGAUUUUGCUGAUGAAAGUAAAACUGAAAGAAAAUGGCAUAAAUUUUAUGAAAAUGGUAUUGAGGCAGUUUUGUCUAUAAUGGAUACAACCGAUAUGGAUAGAAAUUUCAUUAAUUUUGUUACGCAAUUAGAAGGUGAUACAAAUAUGGCUAGAAUUGCCAUAAAUAAUGUAGAAAAUAUUAGGGAAGAAUAUUUUAAUAAAUAUCCAAAAACUCCAAAUUAUGGUACUGUAUUUACAGAUAAGGAUAAAGUUUUAAAUAAGCGAUAUAUUGAUACUUAUUUGCAAAGAGAUAUAUAUCUUUCUAAUAAUCUUAUUCUGUCAGAGUACAGAAAAAAAUUAAAGUAUUAUAAUUUCCAGGAAGAAUUUUUACAAAAAACUUAUCCUGAAAUUAAGACUAAUGUUCCAGAUGAUUUUAUUGUUACUGUAACAUUUUACAGACCAAUGAUGAAUAAAUGGAAAAGACCUAAUUAUCCUAGGAGAACAGUUCAUUUUGUAGAAGAAAAAAAAUAUUUAUUUAGAGGUGAAAAUACUAUUUUAGAUCUUAGAGAUACUAUUUUAUGUUCAUGGGACUUGGUAACUACAAAAUUGGCCUCAAAUGAUUUUUUACAAAUGGAUGAUUGUUUUGGAUUUUUAAUACCAUCGUCAUUUAUAUUUAUUCAUGAUACAUUUUACGUAGAUAUGUGUAGACCAAAUGCACAAAAUUUAGCUGAACGAGUAAAACAAUUUUAUGAUAAAAGGCCCCAGUGUUUAUCAGAACCAUUAAAAAUUAAAAGUAUGUUAGACACGAAGAUAAAAGAUCUCACUUUUCGCCUAAAUUGCCCUAAUGUAUUCGUUCAUAUGGGAGGUAAUUGUGAACAUACAUUUAGUUUCAAUGACUUAAAAAUUAUGUCAUCCAAUGAUUACUUAGAUUUGGAGAUAUAUCCUAUCAUUCGAUUUGAAUUAGUUAAACAUCGACGUUGUAACUAUUGUAAAAAAUCACCACCUUGUUUUAUUAUUGUGGAAGAUAACAUUACACCUAAAUUACCUGCAUUAUGUUGUCAAGUUUGUUUUGAUUAUCUUUUUGCCGAUAAACAAGGCGUUUUAAAAAAAAAUGUUAUUGCUUAUCACUAUGUUGAUAAAAUAAAUCAUCAAUGUUAG